AUGUACAGCCGCAACCACACUCUUUCGCCGUUACCGACCGUUCUUCGGCAGGGACUCAAAGCUGUCGCCACAAUUUCCUGUGUCUCGCUCGUCACAUCGUUCUUCCUCCUUGCCUACCUUAGCAGCAGGCUGGUUGUUUGGUAUUUCAAAUCCAAUCCAUCGAAACCGGAAAGGAUAGCCGAAUCUACAAACGCAGCCGGUCUUCCGCGCGAUGUUGGCGUCCAAUAUUUUGGACCCAGUCAGGAAAAUAAGAGGCAGUGGAGAGCCCCAAAUCAGGCCCUCGUUCUUGUUCUAAACGUUCUGCUUGCCGAUGUUCUACAGGCGUCUGGCUUCUUCCUGGGCGUUGUCUGGCUGUCUGAAGACAGAAUAGCGGAUGAAUCGCCAACAUGUUGGGCUCAGGGCUGGUUCAUAUCUAUGGGAGAUCUGGCGUCUUCGACGUUCAUUGCGACUAUCGCAGUUCAUACCUACGUCUCUCUCGUCAGGGGUCGCAAAGUUUCUAGCAAAGUGUUCUAUGGAGUUAUCACUUUCCUAUGGUUCUUUGUGCUUCUUAUGUCCGUAAUCGGAGUCUUUAUCACGAAUAACGGCGCAAAAGUAGGCGGGUUUUAUGUUCGCGAUGUUACUUGGUGCUGGAUCAAUUCCGAAUAUGAGGGUAUGCGCCUCUAUCUUCACUAUCUUUGGAUGUUGAUCAUGAUUAUCAUCGGAACGGUAUCUUAUGUCCUCGUGUUCAUCCAUAUCUACCGAAAAGACAAAGCCUCUGGGUCCGUGGAGAAAACUGUUGAAGAUGGAUCAACUGCCAGUGUCCUUACUUCCACAAACCUACCGCCGCACUCACCCAAGGAAGGGAGAUCCGAAGCCCGUAAGCGGAUGUUGUUUCUACUUUACCCUCUUAUUUUUAUUGUAUGCACCGCCCCUCUUGCGCUUGGUCGAAUUCUAAGCAUUGGAGGCAUCAAACUUUCUUCUGAGUACCUCUGUUUUGCUGGUGCUAUGAUUACCUCGAACGGAUGGCUCGAUGUUCUCGUAUUUUCAACCACUCGACGCACAAUCCUCUUCGAUGCCUCACCUGAUGAGCAAAAUCUAGGAUUGGACACUUUCAGUCUCACCCAAGUCGGUCAACACUUUGGUCACAGAGUUUGGGUCACAGCAGGAGGUUCCAACCCUUCUCAGUAUCCUGAUCGCUCAACAAGCAUACUGCGAAAACCAUCUACCUAUCUGAGACGUGGAAUACAAGGAAGUCAUGAUAGGAGUGAGAGCCAGAUCUCGUUGAAUAAUCGCGAUCUUUCUGGGAACAAAGGGAUUCAGAUGAAGACCGUGACGCGAGUGUUUGUCGAGGUCGAUUCACCUUCAAAUGAUGCGGACAACCACAGUCAAAUACUCAAGUCGAUGCCUUCGACUGACAAUGUCGGUGAAAGAGUUCAACAAAGUAUGGACUCUUAUCGGUGA